AUGUAAUAAAACAACAACUUCCAGGCAAAAUUUAGAGCAGCUCUUGCUAUCUCUCAAAUGGAUAAAAAGAAUCGAGCCCAAAACAAGGGACAAACUCAGAACCAAUUACACCAAACCAUUGUCUAGCAUAAUGGACUCAAGUCCACAUAUUUUAUGGGCCAUAAUGAAAUUCCUGACAUAGAUGAAAAUGCAAUAGUAGUUGCAGAACAAGACAUCUCAGUUGUGACUAAAAAAGUGGAACCAUACAAAACUCCUAAAUUAGAAGGAAUGCUUCUUAAAAAGAGUCCACAUUUCUUAUAAGGGUGGUAAUAGAGAUGGACAGUCUGCCAUAAUAAUCGCUUGGUUUAUUAUCUGCCAGAAAAUAGAAACUCACCAUUUGGAGUUCUUGAUUUCAAUAUCAUGUCAUAUUCCUUGCAAGAAACCAAAGACCAAAAUGGCAAUAUUAUUGAAUUUGUAUUAAUUCCAACUGGAUCCACAAAGAACUUUAUUUUUAAAGCUGGAACUUCUCAAGAAACAAUGAAAUGGUUUCAUGUUAUAAGGGAAAACAAGGACACAUCUGAAGGAGCAAAAAAGAUACUCAAUAAUUUAAUUAAAUAUCCUAGAUUUUGGAGGACUGAUAGGAUAUCAUGUGAAUAAUUUUUGAAAACAGGAGAUACUGGUGACAUUCUUCUAUUUAGAGGAAAUGGAGCUAAUUGCCUUAUUUAGAGAGGAUUAACUGGGUCUGAUUAUGAUCAUGCAGCACUCUUGUUACGAUUUCCAUCAGGUUCAUUGUACAUACUAGAAGCUACUGGUUGUUACGGAGUUGGAUUGUGUUCUUGGAAGGAUAUGAUUGAUGAAAGAUGGUUUGAGUUGUAUGAAAAGAUUAUGAUAAGAAAAUUAGAAAUUGAUAGAGAUCACAAUUUUUUAAAAACAGUGUAAGAAUUUGUGAAUGAAAAUAUGGGUAAAAAGUACUCACUCACUCCUAUGAAAUUGCUUAAAUAGAAAUCUACAGUUUAAGAUAUUAACAAAUAGACUAAUAAGGAAGAAAGAACCUUUUUCUGUUCUGAAUUGGUAGCAGCACUGUACAAACAGCUUGGAAUAUUCGAUUAAUAAAAAUCUGCAGCAUAAUAUUGGCCAGGAAAUUUGUGCUCAGAAAAUAAAUCACUUGUUGUUUUAAAGGGAAUAUUGCAUCCAGAACAAUUGAUUGAUUUUAGUAACGUUUGAUUUUGAUUCAAUUAAUAUCACAUUUUAUUUUAUCGAUCAAUUAAUGAA